AUGCACCUGGUAGUUUGCAAGUCAUCUCGAGACGUCGGCCGUCGCGGGAAGCAGAUCAGCCAAGUGACCGUCAGAAUUUGUGAUAAUCGAUCGAAGCACGACCAGACAGACAGCAUGAACGACAACAUCCGACAAACUGCUAGCCAUCUCCCAAUCGUCGACGGAGCCAACCAUGCGAUGGAACCUAACAACAUGAACUUGGACGACUUGAAUCCCCCUGAGCUUAUGGUCUACGACGUCAUCGAUCCUAGCAGAGAUUUCAUGGUCACUGUCUUCAUUCCCGACGGAUUUGACAACGUCCUGGUCAUGAAAGGACCUGCGGCCAUUAUCGACGACACCAUGAAGAUCAUGAUGCUCUAUAUACGAUGCGUGGGGGCCGCAAUGGUCGAACGUGGGCGGUUCGAUUUCCGAUUCCCGGCCCAGGGGAUCGGUGGUGGGUACUGCUGGGCUCAACUCCAGCUGUAA